AUGGAGCACGUGCUCCCUACUACUAUCCUUCAAAGUCAGCCUCGACUUGGCACCUGGAUUGCUGCGAACUUGAAGAUAGCCCUCCCGACGAAGGAGUCUCAUCCAAAUUUCCCACCAUGGACACUUGGAUACACGGAAGAAGCUGUCUAUGAUUUAUUCUGGCCAGCCAACUGGCACUUUUGCCGACCACCGGGGAAACCAUCGGCGUGCGGACGGUUUGGUCCACUCUCAGAGCGACUAUGGCGUCAUGAAUUUGCUGUUCCAGAAUGGAAGUAUAGGGAUGAUGAAGGCUCAUCAGAAGCAAUUACUUUGUUCUGGGAGAGUCUUACUCCGAUGAUCACAAGAUCUGUGCAUGUGUCAAGGGGAGAAACGCUUACCGUGACCUUUCCUCGCGACUGCAUCCAAGUCCUUCGCUGUCGCCCUUUCCGCUUUAAUCACAAAGUCGUCAAUAAGUUGUUUUCUGGGCGCAUUGCUCUUAUUGGAGAUGCUGCCCAUGUGUUCCCCCCAUUUGGUGGCCAGGCUGUUGCUUGUGGUGUUGCGGAUGCUGAGGGCCUAGCUUGGCGAUUGGCUAUCUUAACGGAGUUGGAAAAGUCCAACCGGAUAACUAUUAAGCUUCGGUCUAUCGCUCUACAGUCCUGGGCCGAGGAGCGGCGCUUGGGCGUUGAUAUCUCCGCCCGUUUGACUCUACAGAACGGGGAGUGGUGCAAUAAAGAGCCCAGUUGGUUUGAUCCACUACAAAUCUUACUCCUUAAACUACUACUGUCUCUAUCUCGAGCAAGACUGGCGCUGCCUCCAGUUAAAGCCGCAGCUCGUGGCUACUCUGACUGUCCACAGGGUGCAUUUCUUGCCGAUUAUGGAGGCGGAGGCAGGUUAGGUCAAAUUUACGUACAAACGCGUCUCCCUCAGAGCAAAGACCAUCAUUGA